ACCCUCCACCUAUCUCCGCUCUCUUGGAAGGUCACUGUCCCUUUACUCCCUCGACGAGUCCGUCCUUUUACCUUCCCUUCCCUACUUUCUCUCUCCUCCUCCAUUUCUAUAUCAUCCCUUCUUCUCCUCACCAACUCCCCUUCACCUUUCUUCCUCAUUCAACCUUCCCACUUUCUCUCUCCCCUUCAACAAUGGCGGCCGCUUCUCAAAUCGGCCUCGCAGGUCUCGCCGUCAUGGGCCAAAACCUCGCCCUCAACAUCGCCGAGAAAGGCUUCCCUAUCUCUGUCUACAAUCGCACCUCCACCAAAGUCGAUGAAACCAUCGACCGCGCUAAAUCCGAAGGCGAUCUCCCUCUCUUCGGCCAUUACACUCCUCGCGAUUUCGUCCUCUCAAUUGAACGACCCAGAUCCAUAAUCAUCCUCGUCAAAGCCGGGUCACCCGUUGAUCAAACUAUCCACUCUCUCUCCUCUUUCAUGGAGCCUGGUGACACCAUUAUUGAUGGUGGUAAUGAGUGGUACCAGAACACUGAACGUCGUAUCUCUGAUGCUCAUUCUAAUGGACUUCUUUACCUCGGAAUGGGUGUUUCCGGUGGUGAGGACGGUGCCCGCUUCGGACCUUCGCUUAUGCCGGGUGGUGAUUACGCGGCUUAUGAGAAUGUUGAGAGGAUCUUGAAGAAGGUUGCAGCUCAGGUUGAUGAUGGACCUUGUGUUACUUACAUUGGUGAAGGUGGUUCUGGGAAUUUUGUCAAGAUGGUUCAUAAUGGGAUUGAAUAUGGUGAUAUGCAAUUGAUUUCGGAAGCGUAUGAUGUGUUGAAGAAUGUGGGUGGUUUGAGUAAUGAUGAAUUAGCUGGGAUUUUUGAUGAGUGGAAUAAUAGUGAGCUUGAGAGUUUCUUGGUUGAGAUUACUGCUGAUAUCUUCAAGGUUAAGGAUGAUUUAGCGGAAGGUGGAUUGGUUGAUAAGAUUUUGGAUAAGACUGGGAUGAAGGGUACUGGGAAAUGGACUGUUCAACAAGCUGCUGAGUUAUCUGUUGCUGCUCCUACUAUUGCUGCUUCUUUGGAUUGCAGGUACCUAAGUGGGCUGAAGGAAGAGAGAGAAAAUGCAGCCAAGAUACUGGAAGCUGCAGGGAUGAAGGAUGAGGUUCAUGCAGUUCGAGCCGGGGUUGAUAAGAAGAGGUUGAUUGAUGAUGUGAGGCAAGCUUUGUAUGCUUCAAAGAUCUGUAGUUAUGCUCAAGGGAUGAAUUUGUUGAGGGCAAAGAGUGCUGAGAAGGGUUGGGAUUUGAAUUUAGGGGAAUUGGCAAGGAUUUGGAAAGGUGGAUGUAUUAUCAGAGCAGUUUUCUUGGACCGAAUUAAGCAGGCAUAUCAGAGGAACACCAACUUAGCUAGUCUGGUGGUUGAUCCUGAGUUUGCGAAAGAGAUGGUUCAGAGGCAAGCAGCUUGGAGGAGGGUUGUGGGUUUGGCAGUUUCUGCUGGUAUAAGUACUCCUGGAAUGUGUGCAAGUCUUGCUUACUUUGAUACUUAUAGGCGUGCCAGGCUUCCAGCUAACCUUGUUCAAGCUCAAAGGGAUUACUUUGGCGCUCAUACCUAUGAGAGGGUUGAUCGUCCUGGUGCCUACCACACAGAGUGGUCAAAGCUUGCUCGUAAGAGUAACCCUGAUAUUGCUGCUGCCCUUCACUGAGCUAUGCUUUUUUUUCCCUUGCCUUGUGUUUUUUUAUCAUGUAUUUUUGUUGUUUCAAAUUGAAAUCGGGAUUUUGUGUCUCCAAUGAUCCCUGAUUAGGCAUAGGAAUUGUUACAGUAUUGUUUUAGCUCAGUAGAAUGAUAGUGGAAACUGAUAUUAAUAAGAGUGUGCCUUUUGAAAUCAAUACAAGCAGGCAUUGUGUGAAAGUAAAUUGAGUUUCCCUUUCUUUACUUGAAGAACCUAUUAUACUUUCAUUGUUCA